GAACGGCAAAGAUGGCGGCGUCCUCAUCGGCAGGACGCGUUUUGACUCUUUGCAAGCAGUUUCAAAAUGUUUUUAGGAUAUCUUCGGCGAUAAACACUCAGCAAUGUGCUGCUGCUGCUGCUGUGACCAGAUACCAGCCUCAACUUUACAGCAGGGAAAAGUCUCCGCUCGCUGCCCUGUCUUGGUUCAGUCCCACCAGCUCUGUGGGUCAGUGUCGAGCCCUGCACACAACCAUCAGCAGGAGAGGGCUGGACGAGUUCUUUGACUUUCCUGACAACUGGGGAGAGGACAAGGUGAAGUCAGGUGCACCAUGGACUGCCAAACAACUGAGAACAAAGAGCAAUGAAGAUUUACACAAACUUUGGUACAUGCUGUUAAAAGAAAAGAACAUGCUGCUCACACUUGAACAGGAAGCAAAAAGACAAAGGGUUCAAAUGCCGAGUCCAGAAAGAAUCAGGAAGGUUGAGCGGUCGAUGAUCAGACUGGAGACGGUGGUGCAGGAGAGAGAGAGUGCACUGCGACUGCUGCAGACAGGACAGGAGAAAGGCAGACCAGGAGCCUGGAGGAGGAACUUAUUUGGACAUGUCUUCUGGUAUCGAUUCAAAGAGUAUGCUAUUCCUUGGUACAUGAACAAAAGCUAUAAGCGAAAGAAGUUCUUCACACCCAAUUUUGUUGAACCACACAUAAGGCUGCGCAUUGAGAAGCGACUUCGAGAGAGGGCCAGAGAACGCAACUAUAAGAAAGAAACUCAGUCCAAACUCAAGGAGAGGUUUCCUCAAAUGAAAGUCUCAUCAUGAAAUUUCAAGAGCACAUUUUACAGUUAAGGAGUUUUGGCCAGCUGUGAGCCUGAAAAAUGUCUGAAUUUAUCUCCUGAGUUAAUAUGAAUACUUGCAUCUGAAUCGGCUCAUGUCAUGUAACUGAAGGUGGUUUGAAACAGUUGUAUUAUGUGGAAUAUGAGUGUAUUUGUGCAGCUCUUAUUUGAUAAAUUAUGCCACGUCACCCUGAAAUGUUUUUUCGCUGUUUCUAUUAAAACGCACGUCAUGUAUUGACUUUUCCUCAUGUUAAA